AUGUUCAACAACGAAAUAAGCAAAAGGCAAAUUGGAAACGAAUUUUCUGAGAAAGCCAUCAAUUGGCAUUUUAUUCCCCCAAGAGCCCCCAAUUUCGGUGGAUUGUGGGAGGCAGCAGUACGCUCUGUUAAGAAUGCGUUGAAAAGAGAAAUAGGCAACCAUCAGCUCACUCACGGAAACCUCUCCACACUUCUCGUUCAAAAAGCCGCCGCACUGAAUUCUCGGCCAUUAGUUCCGUUAUCUGAUGACCCUUCAAACCUCAAUGUUCUCACUCCUGGACACUUCUUAAUCGGAGCCCCUAUGGAGGCACUGCCUGACCGAAACCUUCUAAGUACGCCCAAAAAUCACCUGAUUCACUACCAGCAGCGAGAACAAAUGUUUCAACAAUAUUGGCAGCGGUGGAGCAACGAAUAUUUAUCUGAACUUCAAGCAACCAGCAAAGGUAUCCAGCCAACUCCAAUUCGGAUCGGCAACAUAGCUGUAUUGCGAGAAGACAACAUGCCACCAUUAUGCUGGCCUUUGGCUCGUAUCACCGAUGUGCAUCCUGGCAGCGAUGGAGUGAUUCGAGUAGUAACCGUGAAAACUGCUAAUGGUAUUUACAAGCGACCUGUAUGCCGAGUUUGUCCUUUGCCAGAUGACGAAAUUGCAACGCAGAUGAAUCUCUCGAGCCCGCAGAAGAAAUAA